CACGGAGAUAUAAAGCAGAACCGGACUGUCAAUGGAAAGAGUAUCCUGACUUCGUCCAACCUACUUAUUAUCAUCAACAAGAACUUUAAACUCAACAAUCAAGACCAUUGGUCCUCCAUCAUGACCUACCUAACCACCCUGACAAAGUACCUCACCCUCUCCUCAGGUGAGAAUAUCUUCUACCGCGAAGCUGGCCUCAAUACCUCGCCCACCAUCCUCCUCCUCCAUGGCCUCCCCUCUUCCUCACACCAAUACCGCAACCUGAUCCCUAUCCUCUCCCCACACUACCAUAUCAUUGCACCCGACCUUCCAGCUUUCGGCUUUACUAGUGUACCCGAAAACUACACCUACACCUUCGACAACAUCGCCAAUUCCAUCGACACCUUCCUAACCUGCCUGCGCAGUACAGCAUAUAUACUUGCACUACCGGUAAAGCACCCCGGGAAGAUCCAAGCCAUCAUUAGCCAAAACGGCAAUGCCUACGAUGAAGGCCUCGGCACGUUCUGGGAUCCUAUCAAGACAUUGUGGGCAUCCGGGAACGCUACCUCCGCCCGCGAUCCUCUCGGCCCUAUCGUCGAAAUUGCGGCCACAAAGAGCCAGUACUUUGGCGGCACUGUCGACGCCUCCGCCAUCGCUUCAGAGUCUUACUCCUUGGACCAGUAUCUCCUCGACCGUCCGGGGCAUAAGGAGAUUCAGCUGGACAUAUUGUAUGACUAUGGGACGAAUCCACCGCUGUAUCCUAGCUGGCAGAAGUGGAUGAGGGAUAGUCAGGUCCCGGUACUGGCAGUCUGGGGCAAGAAUGAUCCCAUAUUUUUCUACAAUUCGCCGAAUAGUGAGGUGCAUUUGCUUGAUGGGAGUCACUUCAUUGUUGAAAGUCAUGUCGCCGAGAUAGGAGCACUCAUGAUCAGUUUUCUUAAGAGACACGGAAUCUAA